UGCUUAAUUAUCGUUUCCAAUUAGCACCCAACUGACCGAAAGAAUUAAAUAAAUAAUGGAUAUUGCGGUGGCUCCACCGCCAAACAAACGUGCACGGAAAUCACAAACAUUGGACCAGGACAUCACGGGUAUACGGGCCAUCCUGUCCGAUGAGUUCGACGAGGACAUAGCGCUCAUCAAGGCGCACAGUUGCCAGCUGGAGACGAAGCAGCAGUUGCAGGCGGUCAUCCAGGAGCUGUCCCAGAAACUGCCCCACUUCCAGCAUCUGAAGCGUGUCCGGGAUCGCAGCGUGCUCAUCUGUCCGAGUUCGGAGAUCGGUGUAUCCCAAACCCUCGAGCAGCACCUCGAACAGUUCGCCUUCUCGGAGCACGUGCUGCGUGCCCUGUGCCAUGGAGUCCGGGUGGUGGAUGUGCCGGAACGGAUGCCCCGGCUGCGGGCGCAGUACGAGAAGACCAUCCAGCACUGGCCCUGCAAGUUCCACCCGAAUCACUACUCGGAAUCGCUGCGCAAUGGCACCAAUUUCAGCGCCGGACAACGCAUCUUCCACAAGCGGAUGGCCCAGCUGCUGGUGAGGCUCUCGCGGGACGUGAAUGCGAGUCGACCGGUGGGCAUCUGUGUGGAUCCACGACAACCGAGCAUAGUGUCCAUCGCAGGAGCCAGUGAGUCCGCCAGCCCACACGAACACUGCGGCAUGCUGCUGGUGGAUUUUGUGGCCCGAAGUCAAGAAGGAGGCGCCACAAAGACGGAUCUCCCAUUCACCGAAGAUUCGGAGGCGGAGGCGGAGGAAACCACGCUGCGGGGCAUACCCAAAGCCUACUACGAUUACCUGAGGAAAAAUGACGAGUACAAAGACCUGACAUUCGGAGCAGAGAAGUCGAGGGAGAGUAAGGAAGUGGAGCACGUGCAAGGGGCAGACAAUCUGGCCAAAUUCGGACCCUAUCUGUGCACCGGCUACGAUGUCUAUCUGCUGCAGGAACCCUGCCUCAUGUGCUCCAUGGCCCUGGUUCACAGUAGAGCCAAAAGGGUGUUCUUCCUGAGAAACUCGGAGAACGGAGCUCUGGUCUCCCGAUUCCAGCUGCACUCGGUGCGGGAACUCAACCACCACUACGAGGUGUUCCAAUUCACCACCAGCGAGGACGGAGACUUGACGUAACAUUUAACAGACCUUGGUUUAAUAAAGGAUUUAUAAGAUA